UUCGAUAUCAGGUAGGUGGAGAAGUUUAGCACCGAAACGUCUAGUUUGCUCUUAAUUUUGAUCUUAAGAGGUGUUUUUUUUUUCUUUUUCUGUCGCUGGUGAUAUUAGGGUUUUUGCUUCUUUAGAUCUCAGUACCAGUGCUUUCAGCUAAUUACAGCGGAGAUUUGUAAUAUCUUUUUCUGUGGACUUGAUUUUUCUUUUCACCUCCUCUCAAGAUCCGAAUUUUAGCUUAAGCUGAAUUCGGUUGGGAAUUUAUUGGUCUCUAUCCUCCUUGUUUCUUAAUAAACUAUGAUCUGAAGAUAGUUGCUAACUGCUGGUUUAGACUCAAGUUCUUCCUGGUUCUUUGUCUACUGCCGUUUCCGAAGCUUGCGACAUGUUUCUAUCGGCUUCCGGCUUUGGAAAAUUCUGAGGAUUUUUAGCUUUGCUUGAUAAGAUGCAACCUGACCAGCGAAGAAAGGUAGAUGCAGGGACACGUGGAAGAUUUCUUCACUGAGUAUGGGGAAGGUAACAGAUACAAAAUAGAAGAAGUGAUAGGUAAAGGAAGCUAUGGGGUUGUUUGCUCUGCAUAUGACACACAUACUGGGGAGAAAGUUGCAAUUAAGAAGAUCAAUGAUAUCUUUGAGCAUGUCUCUGAUGCAACACGCAUUCUUCGUGAGAUUAAGCUUCUGAGGCUCCUUCGUCAUCCUGAUAUUGUGGAAAUCAAGCACAUCCUUUUGCCUCCUUCAAGAAGAGAAUUCAAAGACAUUUAUGUUGUGUUUGAACUCAUGGAAUCUGAUCUGCAUCAGGUUAUCAAAGCAAAUGACGAUUUAACCCUGCAACACUAUCAGUUCUUUCUUUAUCAGCUUCUUCGAGGCUUAAAGUAUAUACACACAGCAAAUGUUUUUCAUCGUGACCUAAAACCGAAAAACAUCUUAGCAAAUGCUGAUUGCAAGCUCAAGAUAUGUGACUUUGGCCUUGCUAGAGUGGCCUUGAAUGAUACUCCAACAACCAUAUUUUGGACAGACUAUGUUGCGACAAGGUGGUACAGAGCUCCUGAGUUAUGUGGAUCCUUUUUCUCCAAGUACACACCAGCGAUAGAUAUAUGGAGCAUUGGCUGCAUCUUUGCUGAAAUUCUAACAGGAAAACCCCUCUUUCCUGGUAAAAAUGUGGUCCACCAGUUGGAUCUGAUGACUGAUCUGCUAGGAACACCUUCUCCUGAAGCAAUUGCCAGGGUACGUAAUGAGAAGGCCCGCAGAUAUUUAAGUAGCAUGCGCAAGAAAAAGCCUAUACCAUUCUCUCAAAAAUUCCCAAAUGCAGAUCCCCUUGCUCUUCGGCUGUUGGAAAGGAUGUUGGCAUUUGAGCACAAGGAUCGACCUACUGCUGAGGAGGCUUUGAUGGAUCCCUAUUUUAGGGGCUUGGCCAAGGUUGAGAGGGAGCCUUCUGCUCAACCAGUGACAAAGAUGGAGUUCGAAUUUGAGAGACGGAGGAUUACAAAGGAAGAUGUCCGAGAACUCGUCUAUCGGGAAACUCUUGAAUACCAUCCAAAGAUGUUAAAAGAGUUCCUGGAUGGCACAGAAUCAACUGGUUUUAUGUACCCAAGUGCCGUUGACCAAUUUAAGAAGCAGUUUUCUUAUCUUGAGGAGCAUUAUGGAAAUGGUUCAACAGUACCUCCACCUGAGAGGCAACAUACAUCAUUACCCAGAGCAUGUGUGCUAUAUUCAGACAACACAGUACAUCAUUCAGAAGAGGUGACUGAUGACCUAUCCAGAUGUUCCAUCAAGGAAAUCGAGAAGCCGCAACCAGACAGGAGUUGUGGGGUCGCUAUGACAAGAGGUCCUCCCCAUGUUUCACAGAGAAUCCAAGGUGCAGCUGCAAAGCCUGGGAAGGUAGUUAGUUCAGUCUUGCGUUAUGACCAUGGGACAGCAGCAGAGGCUUUUGAACAAAGAAGGAUUGUCAGAAAUCCCGCUGUAUCAACUCAAUAUGUUGGUUCUGGCUGUUCAUAUCCUAGAAGAGUCCCCGGCUGUAAAAAUGAGAGUGAAGAGGGUGAAGGACAUGGACCACCCAUUGGAGUGCAACCAAAACCACAAUAUAUUGCUAGGAAAGUGGCUGCUGCACAAGGUGGUCCUGGUGGUCAGUGGUACUGAUUCUUUGGCACAUUAGUGCU